AUGGAUCUUGCACAGCAAUAUCUAGAAAAGUACUACAACUUUGAAAAAAAUGAGGAACAAGUAUUCAGAAGAAAGGACAGUAGUCCCAUUGUCAAAAAAAUCCAAGAAAUGCAGAAGUUCCUCGGGCUGGAGAUGACAGGGAAGCUGGACUCCAGCACUAUGGAUGUGAUGCUCAAGCCCAGGUGUGGCGUCCCCGAUGUUGGUGCCUUCAGCACCUUUCCAGGUUCACCGAAGUGGAAGGAAAACCACCUCACCUACAGGAUUGUGAAUUAUACGCCAGAUCUACCGAAAGAGAGUGUGGACUCUGCCAUUGAGAAGGCGUUGAAAGUCUGGGAGGAGGUGACCCCACUCAAGUUCUCCAGGCGCUGGGAAGGAGAGGCUGACAUAAUGAUCUCCUUCGCAGCUGGAGAACAUGGAGACUUUUACCCUUUUGAUGGACCAGGACAGAGUCUGGCUCAUGCCUACCCACCAGGACCUGGGUUUUACGGAGACGUUCACUUUGAUGAGGAUGAGAAAUGGACACUGGGGCCAUCAGGGACCAACUUAUUCCUGGUUGCUGCUCACGAACUUGGCCACUCCCUGGGUCUCUUCCACUCGGACAAAAAAGAAGCUCUGAUGUACCCAGUCUACAGGUUCUCCACCAGCCCGGCCCAGUUCCAGCUUUCUCAAGAUGAUAUAGAUGGCAUUCAGUCCCUCUAUGGACCACAUGCCUCCUCUGAUGCCACAGUGGUACCCAUGUCCUCUGUCUCUCCAAGACCUGAGACCCCACCAAAGUGUGAUCCUGCUUUGUCCUUUGAUGCAGUCAGCACCCUGAGAGGGGAAGUCCUCUUCUUUAAAGACAGAUACUUUUGGCGCAUAUCACGCUGGAAUCCCGAGCCUGAAGUCCAUUUGAUUUCGACAUUUUGGCCCUCCCUUCCUUCACACUUAGAUGCUGCCUAUGAAGCUCAUAGCAAAGAUAGCGUUUUCAUCUUUAAAGGAAACCAGUUCUGGGCAGUCCGAGGGAAUGAGGUCCAAGCAGGUUAUCCAAAAGCACUCCACAAGCUCGGCUUCCCCCCCACUGUGAAGAAGAUUGAUGCAGCUGUAAGUGAUGAGGAGAAGAAGACCACAUACUUCUUUGUUGAGGACAAAUACUGGAGAUUUGAUGAGAAGAGAGGUCUUAUGGAUAAAGGCUUCCCCAGGCUGAUAAAAGACGACUUUCCAGGAAUCAAGCCACAAGUUGAUGCUGUGUUUCAGGCAUUUGGGUUUUUUUAUUUCUUCCGUGGAUCAUCACAGUUUGAGUUUGACCCCAAUGCCAGGACAGUGACACACACCCUGAAGAGUAACAGCUGGCUCCUGUGCUGACUGGCACAGAAGAUAUUUACAAACACUGGACAAUGUGUCUCAUUGUUUCUCACCUAAUUUAUUACAUGUCAGAAUGAAUAAUUAUUCCUGUAUGCU